AGAGUGAUCAUUGCUUCUGGUUUUGUGGGUAUUUUGCAAGAUUUUUCCACUUUUGAAGUUUCCUACAGACUUCACAGGAGGACAUGUCUACCAACCAGUAUUCUCAGCUGUUUUAUCUUAUUUGCCUUUGUGCGUUCAGUUGCACACAAGUCUUUGGAUAUCAGAGUAUCAUCUCUGUGAAUAAUGGAGGCCUCCUUGGAGAAUGGAAGUUUAUUGAGAAGUGUCCUAAAGGAUGGUUUGCUCGUGGAUUCAGUUUGAAGGUUGACUCUGGUGAAGGAUUAUUGGAUGACACAGCACUGAAUGGAAUACAAUUGCAUUGUACACCUUCACCAACCUCUAAUAUGUCAAAAACUAUUGAAUCGUUGUCUGGAAAAUGGGGAUCAUGGACAAAGUCACGAUGGUGCCACAGCGGUUUCCUUAGAGGUUUUGUUUUGCAAGUACAGCCACCUCAAGGAUAUGGUGAUGACACAGCAGCUAACAAUAUCAUGUUCACAUGUUCGAAUUAUGAAAUCCUUCUAGGCCUAGGAGGAAAUCGGGGAAACUGGGGGAUUCAAAGCAAUUUCUGUGGGACAGGCAUCUGCGGCAUACAAACAAGGCAGGAGUCUCCACAAGGCUUCCUGAACGAUGACACUGCUCUAAAUGAUGUCCGCUUUUACUGCUGUCACGAUGAUGAUGUGCACUAAAAUAUCAAGUGUGUGUUAAAGGUGACACAGCACUUCUUAAAAUGAAUGCAGCUUUUAAAUGUUAGAAAAUGAUAAAAGUAUGUGAAAAAUAUAUGGCUAGUAAGACUCAAAAAUAAUCCCUCAAUUUAUGCAUUUUUUCAUUUUAAAUACGCAUCAAUGGGGACAAGAUUAAAACAGCUAUUAUUAAGCCAAAUAUUUUUUAGGAAACGAGCUUUACCUGCAUGUAACAGUAUAUCACAUGAUGGCAAUAUGCUUCUAUUUUGCACUAUUGUGAAUCUUGAUAUUUGCAAAAUAAAGAGAAAAAUAUGCCUAAUUUGUCAAUGUUCAAUGAUAUUGUAUAAAAAUUAAUUUGCCACGAGAAACAUAACAAGGGUAUCAAAAUAGAAAUUUGCUAUCUCACGCCAUUUUAAUCCUAAAGGAAAUGAAUACUCCACCCAAAAAUGAGAUUUUAUUCUAUGCAUAUGUUAAUUACCUCAUGUAGUUUGUAGUGAUGGCUGUGAAAAAUUUGUAAUCUCAUGUUUACAUGCAGAAUGGAGAUAAAAAGUUAUUUACUAAUCUGCACCCCCCCC